CAACGCUUGCGCUUUUAUAUUUAUUAAAUUGAGGUUAGAAAAAUAAUAAUAUUUAUCAAUUAUCUAUAAUUACUAAUUAAAAUACCAAUAAAUUAUACAUACAAAAUGGAGGAGAAAACAUCAGAAGAAUACAAGGAGCUAGGCAACACUGCUGUAAGGGCUAACAAUUUUGCUGAAGCAGUAUUACAUUACACGUGCGCUAUUAAAACAGACGAAACUAAUUACACGUUGUAUAGUAACAGAUCUUUAGCAUUUCUAAAAGUGCAACAGUAUUAUCAUGCAUUGGAAGAUGCGAAUGCAACUAUAAGACUGAACCCAAUUUGGCCCAAGGGGCAUUUUAGAAAGGGAGAAGUGGAGUUUGCUUGCAGUCACUUUAUGGAUGCCUAUGAAAGUUAUAAGAAAGCUUUGGAGUUAAAGCCCGAUGAUGUUAAUGUCAUGGAGGCUUUGAAUAAGGCGGCUAGGAGUGUUGCAAAAGAACGAAAAGCUGAUGAAACAAUACCUUGGCUAGGGGCAGGUAUAGGAAUAAUUUUGGGUGUUAUAAUUGUUAUAGCAGACUGCCUAUUUACCUUUAAACCUACACAUCCGAUGCUUAUGGCUUUUAUAACAAUUAUUAUAUCCAUGAUUGGUUAUUGUAUAGCAAGAUUUUAUAGAUACUGGAUUAAAACACAAAGAAGUAGUCUACUGAGUCCACCAAUUGAUUUGCUGGGAGAAGAAAAUGAAAAUUCCGAAGAAAACCCAGAACAUCGUACUUAUAGUCCAAGAUAUUCUAAAUCGCAAGCCCGUCAAAGAUAUAGAAAAGGCAAAUUGUAAAGUUUCUACGAAAAUUUUAAAUUUUAAUUCUAUUUUGUACCCAAAUUUUGAUUAGGUAGCUAGAAAUGUGGCGAGACUUUGAUUUAAUGCCAACACGGAAAAAAGAAAACAUUAACCAUUAAUGCACAGAACAUUAAUGCAGUCAAUAUAGUGUUCAAAAUCACACAAUUUCUUAUGUAUUACUUUAACAACAGCAAUAGUAACUUUGGUCGCAUCAAUAAGUACUGCCAGGAACUAUAUAUAGGCUCACUAUAUCUCAUGUGCCAUCUUCAGGUCUUUUCUGCUGGGCUGCUGUUGCUGCUCUGCUGCGAGUUGAUCUUGUUAAUCUGAGUGGCGUUUUGGUGGUUGUAAGAGCUGGUUUCCAUGCAGUUGGUACUCACGUACCAUCCGUGAAGCCAUUGAAAUAGAAAAACGUCCAAGAAACCUCAAUAAAAAAAAAUAUAAAAACCCUGUUGUAAAUGACCGAUUAAUUCCUGUAGAAACCAAUUGAAGUAUUGCUUGGUAUCAAUGGGUCUGAAUUGGACUUACUUGAUUUAAUUGGGCGCGAUAAAAAACAAAUUGGUUUUUACUGGUAUUUUCUAUGAUGGAAAGGUAAAAUUAGAAUUCAAUUGGGCAUUUCCAGUGUAAGAUUCGAAAAAGGAAUCUGCUAAUUGGUUAUUCUCAAUACUUUAAAAUAUGGAAAAAUCCAAUUAGGAUUCUACUGUUUUUUAGCGGUUUCGAUUGGAUAAAGCUACCUAUAGGUAAUUUCCAAUUGAAUUCAAUUGGGCAUUCCCAGUGUAAGAUUCGAAAAAUCUGCUAAUUGGUUAUUCCCAAUACAAUACAAAUAUCGCAAGAGGGCUCUCGUGUAGCUGCGCAAAACCAACGAGGUUGAGACGCCAUCAUAAAGAAAAAACAACACAAACAAGUCUUGGGACGCCAUUUAUUAGCGGUUUUUUUAUUAGUCGAUUUCUGUGUUAAGUGCCUAGUGAUAGUAGUGUACUUAUAUCUUAAAAAAAUGUUUAUAUGUGUAAGGUUUAGGGACGAUGGGCGUAAGAAUGGUUGUCACAGCGGACAAAAUAAAAAAAUUUGACAUAAACAAUAUCAACUUUGACCAUGCCUACAAACAUCCUUUGCAAGAAAGACAAAAAAAUGAUUAUAACCGAGUAAUUUUAUUUAUUUUUUAUUACUUUUUUGUGAUAGUAAGUUACAUGUAUCAAUACAUACAUAUAUCACAAAAAAAAUAAUAAAGAAAUAAAAUUACUCAGUAACAAUAAAUUUUUUGUCUCUUUUGUGAAAAAUGAAUUCUGGUUUUUACCCGGUUAUCGUUCUGGGAUCUAAAAUUAUUUUUGAAUGAAAAAUAAACUGGUAGGUAUUUUCUAAUCCAAAUUUAAAAAUAUUAAUUGGUUUUAAUUGGUUGGAAUGGG